CAGCCGCACACAAGCAACACUCGCGCCGCGCCCGGAUUCAACCGGCAGCACUUCUUUUUCUCUCGCACAACUUUGCGCUUCGGCGGCGUUAGGAGAUGCUGGCGGCGGAUAACGCGUUAUCGCUGCUGCUUCUGGUCCCUGAAUGCAACCUCCGCGGUGUCUGUCGCCUCUGCCGGUUUGACGGUGGCACGAGCGAGAACAGGAAGUGGGGGAUAAAAAGGAGUCCUGCCACCAAACAAAGCUGACAGGGGCAGGGUGUCUCAUUUCAGCGGAGGCACAUCUGUCAGUCGGUGGAUUAAAGGGAGGACUGCUGCUGCCGCUUUAUCCUUCCAUCAGUCUAAGGCACCGCGGCCCUCACACCAUCCUCAGCAGAAUCAGCACCAUGGGCAAACAGAACAGCAAGCUUCGUCCCGACGUCAUGCAGGACCUGGUGGACAACACGGACUUCACCGAGCACGAGAUCACCGAGUGGUACAAGGGCUUCCUGCGGGACUGCCCCAGCGGGGCGCUCUCCAUGGAGGAGUUCAAGAAGAUCUACGCCAACUUCUUCCCCUACGGAGACGCCUCCAAGUUCGCCGAGCACGUCUUCCGCACGUUCGACGCCAAUGGGGACGGGACUAUAGACUUCAGGGAGUUCAUCAUUGCCCUGAGCGUGACCUCGCGCGGUCGACUGGACCAGAAGCUGAAGUGGGCGUUCAGCAUGUACGACCUGGAUGGAAAUGGAUACAUUAGCAAAGCAGAGAUGCUAGAGAUUGUAACGGCCAUUUACAAGAUGGUUUCCUCUGUGAUGAAGAUGCCGGAGGAUGAGUCCACGCCUGAGAAACGUACAGAUAAGAUCUUCAGGCAGAUGGACACAAAUCGGGACGGUAAGCUGUCUCUUGAGGAGUUUGUCGAGGGAGCAAAGAACGACCCCUCCAUCGUCCGACUGCUCCAGUGUGACCCCAGCAGUGCUGGGCAGUAGGAAACUGGACUUUUCCAACUUAUUUAACAAAUUCCUAACGUCUCAAUUCAAGUUGACCCACCUGAGAUUGACAUUUGAGCUCCAGAGGCCCAUGUACUCACUCAUGUAAACAACAUGCCCUUGUACAUAGUGCAAAUACCAAAGCCUGGCGCAUGUAUAAUCUGUCACAUAAUCGCAUGCACCGCCGCUACAUGCGCCUCUAUGCCUGGUCCAAACCUAGAGACCACACAGGUCACACAUACGGUACAAAUAUAACUCGGAGUGGAAUCUCAUCCCAGACUUGUCAAACACUGUAUCAAGGCUGUGCUAAGUCAGUCUGAGCGGACAGCCAGCGAAGAUAAUCCAGCAGAUUUGUGAGGUACGUUGAGUUGAAUCAAAGUCUUGUUUGUUUUUAUUGUUGUUUUUUGAAAGCAUUAUUCCUGAUUUCAUUUUUUUAAGGGAAUCGUGCUGAUUUUGAUCUCUGUGACUGACUUGGGUUGUUGUGUUGUUGUUGUUCACAAAGUAUUGCAGUCUAUCUCCAUGUUAACACUGGAUGAAAUGAAGUACGUGAGUCUGGGGCCGAAAGCGUUCACGGCUCACUGACAGCAGAGUUUUUAAAUGUAAAAGCAAAAAAGGGAGCAAAGAUAUUCUGGAGGAAUGUUACAUUGAACCAAAACUGACUCAGAUUUCAUAAUGAAGGGCAAUAUUUUGACUACAGAUUACAACAGUCUGUUGUUUGAAAGUGACUUUUAUGCCAAGUUCUCUGGCUGCUCGCACACACACACACACACACACACACACACACACACACACACACACACACACACACACACACACACAAAUUUAAAACAAGCACACCUCCCACUGACAUGUUAAUUUUUAUUGAGGAGUACAAGGAACUUGACAUGCGUGUUUAAACUGAGCUGUGAUUCUCUUUUCAACUGUGGUUCCACAUGUGUAAACGCAAAAAAAACCAUAGACGUUCUAUGAAUAUAUAGUAAGUAGUAAAUUCUUUAUUCUGUGACAACAUUGUGUGAUUUUCCGCAAUGUCAGUGAGGUUCACUUUGCAUAUAAAUUAUUGGAAUGUGACGAUAAACAUUUUAUUCAUUUUCUUUUACUUGACAAAUAUAUGAAUAAGUCAUGCAGCGUAUUCACUCAUAUUUAUGGUAGAGAUGUUUGAAGAGGAGAGGACCACAUGAAUUGCUAUGCAUUCAACCUUUAUCUGCAUUAUUUUAUUUGCGUAGCUUCUUUUUUCCAUUUCUCAGUUUCAUCCCACACUCCCCAUCACUGGCUUGAUGAUUCCUAAAUAAUAUAUCCUCAAAAUACUUUUCUGUACAAUCAUUGCUGUCUGCAAACAUCUCAUUUCCCCAAUGAGCACUUGUUUUUCUGUGUCCCUCCCAAAUUUUUAAAACGGUGCCACUAAUUGUUUUGUAAGACAUAUAAUGGGCUUCAGUGAUGAGCUAUUUUUACAGCCGUGAUGCACAAUGACACACAUCUGACUGAACAAAGCCCCUAUGUUGGCUGUGAGGAACAGCUGUGUCCACCCGUCCUUUUCCAGGACUCACUGAUAGCUCUUUAUUGUCUCUGUUCUGUUUACACCUGGCAUGAGAUGCAGUCGUUUUCACAGCUGCAUGGGGGGAAAAAUGCUUUUAAUCAAGUCUGAGCUUUGCACGUUUCAAAUCGGCAAUUGACACCAGGUACUAAACCUCCACUGUUCAUUUCAGUAGCAUCUUGUGGUCAAGUGCCAAAUAUAGAGGAUUAAAUUGAAAAAAAACCAGUAUUGUAUUCAUUUAUACUGUACAGUUGUUACCUGUCGAACAAAAGCGAAAAGGAAAAAAAAUGUGGCUGUAUCAUUUUGUAGAUUUUGUAUUAUUACCUUGCAUUGUGUGUUCUGUGUAGGGUGUCCAUUUUGUUAUUCAAAUAAAGACAAAAUGGGAAAUUCAGAGUCUAUUUCCACUACAUAGGUUCACAAAGUUAAGAAAUGAAGAAAUGUGUGACACAGUCUCAUGAGUUCAGCUGAAAUCUAGAUAAGGAUGCAGCAAUCUACGUAACUUUGAGCGGUAUCUUGGUAAUUGAAAUUCCUAAUCCGUGCUAUUUAUAUCACAAAAUCUAUUGUGGCUAAAUGGUGAGCAGCCGUUUGUAGCUUUCUUUGCUAUUGGCAUGUGUUAGAGUCAUUUACAGCUUACUUUGACCAAAACAUCAUUUCUGUGUUCAUGUCUUUAUUUUUUUUAUAUCACACACAACAACCAAGUGCCAUUUCUCAACCCUCUCAAGCUGUUUGCCUUUUUUAUCAUAUCAGGACUUUGGGCAAUUUGUUGAAAUGCUUUUUUUUUUUUUUUUUUUUUUUAAAAA